GGGCCCUCAGGGGUCCCACAGCCCUCGGGGGUCCCGGGGCCCUCGGGGGUCCCGAAGCCAUCGGAGCCCUCAGGGGUCUCGCAGCCCUCGGGGGUCCCGCAGCCCUCGGGGGUCCCGGGGGUCCCGCAGCCCUUGGAGCCCUCGGGGGUCCCGGAGCCUCCGAGGGUCCCGCGGCCCCCGGGGGUCCUGCAGCCCACGCCGCCCCCCGAGGUGCUGGAGGGGCUCCUGCGGCAGCGCUUCGGGCCCCUGCCCCGGCCGGCCACCAUCGCCCGCCUGCGGCGCGGCCCCGCCGGGGGCUACGAGCCCACCGGGGACCCGGCCGAGGCGCUGGAGCGGCGGCAGGCGGCCAACGCCAAGGAGAGGGAGAGGAUCCGGAACCUCAACAGUGGCUUCUCCCAGCUGCGGACGCUGGUGCCGCUGGUGCCGCGGGACCGCCGGCCCAGCAAGGCGGACACGCUGCGGGCGGCGGCGCAGUACAUCCGGCUGCUGCGGGGCGUGCUGCGGGACUGCCAGGAGCCCGGCGCUGGGCAGGCCUUGGGGGGCGCUGCCGGGGGGCCCCCCCAGCCCGGCCUGGCAGGGCCCCCCCGCGCCCCUGGGGACCCCCCCAGCCUGGGGGAAGGUUUGUCCUGACGCCCCCAAAAGUCCGGGGGGGGCCCGGUGGGGGGGGGUCUUCCCCGAAGACCGAGCUCCACCCCCCCAUUUUUGGGGUCACGCUCCUGCCCUGGAGCCCUGCACCCCAUAAAACCCCCCACCCCAAAAUUAGGGGUGCGGGGGGGGUCUGUCACCCCCAAAACGCAGAGGCUGGGGGGGGGGGCGCAGAGCUAUAAUUAAUUUCUCUAUGAAAUUGUAAUUAGUAAUUAGCUCCCCCCCAGAUGAGGGCUUAUUAACGAUGGUUAAUAAAAACCCAAUUAAU